UCGCCCGCCACGCUCUCUUCUACCUUCUCCGCUCGCCUGCUCGUCCUCGCCCACCAUGGCCACCCUUGAGCAGUUCGUGGGAAGAUGGCGCCUGGUAGACAGCAAAGGCUUUGAUGAAUACAUGAAGGAACUAGGAGUGGGAAUGGCUCUUCGAAAAAUGGGCGCAAUGGCCAAGCCCGACUGUAUCAUCACUUGUGAUGGCAAAACCCUCACCGUGAAAACGGAGAGCACUUUGAAAACCACACAGUUUUCUUGUAACUUGGGAGAAAAGUUUGAAGAAACCACAGCUGAUGGCAGAAAAACUCAGACUGUCUGCGACUUCGCAGAUGGUGCCUUGGUCCAACACCAGGAUUGGGAUGGGAAGCAGAGCACAAUAACAAGAAAACUGGAGAAUGGAAAAUUAGUGGUGGAAUGCGUUAUGAACAAUGUCACCUGUACUCGGACCUACGAAAAAGUAGAAUAAAAAUUCCAUCAUCCCUUGGACAAGAAUUAGCUGUGAGAAGGAACAAGCUCAGUUCAAUGAGCAAAUCUCUGUACUGCUUUGUUGUUGUUGUUUUAUUAUAUUCCAUUACUUCGAUCACACACAUUUCAAAGUGUUGAUUUGAUUAGGAUCAUCCCUUUGAUGAAUAAAUGAAUGUGUUUGUGCUAA